CUGGGCUGCAAACCAUCGACAUGAGCUAGAAAAUUUCGACACAUUUUAGCAUUUUUUCACAAAAACAAGUCAGACAUCAAAUCAAUGACAAGUUCAAAAUUUUCCGUUAAAAAUAAUUGUUGUAUCAACGAAUACGACGACGUUUCGAUUUACCUUUGAAGAAAAUGAUGCCCUUCAAUCGAACAUUGAGUUCCGAGCAGCUGCAAGAGUUGAAUAAAUGGAUGUCCAAUUUGCAGAUAAAGCUCGACAAUCGCACACGUCGCGAGCUCUCGGAUGUCGUGAACGUUGCUCAAAUAAUUAACAAUUUAAAUUCGAAGCUGGUCGACAUGUGCUGUUACAAGUCGCAGAGCAGCCUAGCCUUAAAGCUAGAAAACUGGGAGAUCUUUAACCACAAAGUGCUUCGUAAAUUGGGUCUUAAAUUGUCCCAUAACGACUUGACGCAGCUUGCCUCGGGCAGUCUGGCUGCAUUGAAGUGCCUGCUCUAUUAUUUAAUGACCUGGAAUCGAGAUGGGCUAUCGCCAGUGAGUCCAUCCAAGAGGAUCUCAUCGAUAGGGGGCAAGAAGAAAACCACCGGGAGUUUAUCUGGUAGCACGGAGCUCGCUGCCGAGCAGAAAUCAAAUGAAAACGUUCAGCUGGAUAUGCCAGAAGUUGGAAUGAGCGUGCCGUAUGCUAAAUAUAAGCAAGUGAUCCAGGAGAGUUACAAGAAGAAAAGAUACCUGAGCUCAAUAAGCCACAAGGCCAAGUAUCUGGAAAGCCUUAUGAUGGUAAAGGAGGACCGUAUCAAUUUUCUUUUGGAACGCAUCGCCGCUCUUGCCGCACUAGCAAAUCAUAAUGCUAAAAAUUGUAGUCAGGCCGAUUAGCAGCUCUGAAUUCGGUAUUGAUUGUUAGCCCAAUCCGUGAUCAAUGAGUGAUCCUUUAGUCAUCUUCAAUGCAUACUGCACCGGUUAGUUUCAGUCACAUAUUUGCGUCAGACUUGAUUUUUCGAUGUUAAUGUGCGAAUAUCCAUUUGACACACGAAAGGUGCGCAGGGAGCAUCCAAAUAAGGUGGCGGUUUUUCGAUUGGCUCUUGCGAGGAUCGAUCGAUUAAAAAUACUAAUAUAGUAUUAUAA